AAGACAUUCAACUAGUGAAAAUUCUGAGGAAGAGAUGGCCAGCAAUGCUGCUUCCUGGGAUUUUACAGAGCCAGGCCAAAGAGUGAAUUGUUCUUGUUCGAGGCAAAAGCUUCUAAAACAGCGAAGUACUACAGGCACAAACCGCCCUCCAUCCAUCUCUCAGCCUGGCUUUAAUGCUGGGCUCCCUUCCGCUUCUUCCUUGCCAUCGUCUGCAUCUUCUAAGCACAAAACAAAUGAGAAGCAGGAAAAGGGAGAUAAGCAGCAGAAGCGACCUAUGACUCCAUUUCAUCAUCGACCUUCAUUAACUGAUGAGCUUUGCAUGGAGCAAGAUCCAACAGGACAGAAGCUUGGAUUAGUUGGUAUUGAUGUCUCCUUAGAAAUGCACAGCAGCAGGAAGUAUGGCAAGCCAGCAUCUGGACAUCCAGGAAACCAGAGCAAGCCACUAAAUUUGAAUCCUAUGGAUUCUCCACGUUCUCCCAUCUCUCCACUUCCACCAACUCUCAGCCCCCAACCGAGAGGUCCAGAGGCAGAAGGUUUGGAAGGAGCUCCUGUGCCCAUUAAUCCAUUACUGUAUAGUAAUGGUCUAGAACUUCAGGCGAUUCCCAGCCUUGAUGAUAAGACUGGGCUUUUAUCACAAAGACUACCACCGGUGCCGGAGGUCAGUGAGACUACUCUAUACAAUGGUAUCACUGCACAAAAUUUGGAGUCAUCGGACAGAAUCUCAUGGCAGUGUUACAAGACUCCAACCCAUGUAGAGGGAGAUUUCAGGCCACCAGAACUGCACUGUGACAGAUGUGACAAUAAAAUUGAUAAUCCAGAUGGCUCAGCACUAAGACGACUUCUAGCACAGCCCCAUAAACGAUUCAAAGUUUCAGAAGAAAGUUUACAAAUGCAAAUCCAGGAAAUUAAUUAUCUGGAUCCAACUAGACUUAUCCAGCAGCGUACUGAAGGUCCCGGAGAACUUAAUGACCCUUACACUUUUGUGGAUGGCGAUAUUGAAUACAGCUUCACUUCGAUUAAAAAGUCAAAACUUGGUUCUGAGAAAGAUACAUCAAAGAAAUCACAACCGAACAAGCUCGAAGAUGGAUUUGGUACUAGGGAAACUCAGUCUAGUCAUGCUACACAGUUACUUGAUGGAAAAGAUGCCAUGUCUAUUUUUAACACUGCUCCAAAAUCAGAAACACGACAAUCUCCGACAGGACGGCUAGUUCCUGCAAGCCUCACACGAGAGACUGACCUAGUGGUAUCUUUGAAUGACCUGGACAAUCUUUUUGACAACUCUGAUGAUGAGGAAAAUGGGACAUCUUCUCCAACACGCUCUAAGCAGGCAAAUACGGGAUCAGAAGACAAAGCUGUUGGAAAAGAUGUGAAGACAACAGGGCCUUAUCCUCCAACUGUCGCAGAUCUGCAAAGAAUGUUUCCAACCCCUCCAUCCCUGGAGCAACAUCCAGCAUUUUCUCCAGUAAUGAAUUAUAAAGAUGGUGUUAAUUCUGAGAUGCCUGCAGGGAUGAAUAGCAUGGAGAAUCCAGUGGGUACUAUGACUGCAACUCAAUUCACAGAAUUCAAAAUGCAAGUGGAAGAUCGACUGGGCAGUCCUAAGCCUGAAGAAAUAACAGAUUUCUCUUACGUGCACAAGCCCCCAAAAGCCAAGGCUUUUGUUGGGUCUUCAAUGUUUGCACCACUGAAGGCCGUGCCCAGUCAAUGCCUUGCUCCACUGAAAAUGCCAGAUGCCUGCAUUUACCGACCAUCAUGGGCUAUUCCUCCAAAAAUCGAACAACUGCCUGUACCACCACCUGCUUCACUAAAUCGAGAUGGAUAUGUCAAUGUGCCUAGUGUUGGGAGUCUGACAGAAGAUUAUAUUCAAAUGAGCACUCCUCAAAUGAGCACACCUUUGGCAGUAAGUUCGACUGCACCUGCCAGCAACAGUGGUGCUGGUGUGUUGCCAUCUCCAGCAACUCCUCGCUUCUCUGUCCCAACACCUCGUACACCAAGGACACCACGAACUCCACGGGGUGGGGGCACUGCCAGUGGGCAAGGAUCAGUGAAGUAUGACAGUGCUGAUAUGUGUUCUCCUGCUUCAACGCCCUCAACUACACGACCGUUGAACUCCGUGGAGCCAGCAACCAUACAGUCAAUUCCACAGGCACACAGCUUGUAUGUUACGCUAAUCCUGUCGGAUUCGGUAAUGAAUUUCUUCAAAGAUCGCAACUUUGAUAGCUGCUGUAUCUGUGUUUGUAAUAUGAAUAUCAAAGGGGCAGAUGUUGGUUUAUACAUCCCAGAUCCAACCAAUGAAGCCCAGUGUGGAUGCACCUGUGGAUUUAGUGCUGUCGUAAACCGCAGACUUGGAUAUAAUGCAGGUCUCUUUCUCGAGGAUGAAUUUGAUAUUUUUGGGAGGACAUCUGAGAUUGGUCAAGCUGCAGAAAGACGAUUGAUAUUGUGUCGAAAUUCUGUUGUUCCCCAAGGAUUUGAUGGGUCAAAGAGGCUACAAGAUCUAACAGCAAGCUUAAUUUUCCUUGUACAGGAUCAGUGUACAGGACCUUUCACUUCUCUAAGUUCUCUGGACUACAUUUCCUUAGAUAGAUCAGCACUUCAAUCAGCAAAUUGGAACAAUGACAAACUGAGAGCAGAUAAUAGCGAUUCUUGCACAGAGUGUUACAAUGCCCUGGAGCAGGGUCGACAGUAUGUGGAUAAUCCAUCUGGUGGAAGAAUAGAUGAAGCACUAAUUAGAAGUAGGAGUUUGCACCCAUGGCCCAAUAGUAACG